GUAAAGCAGUGAGAGUGGGAGAGUCAAUCUGAACGCACCAUCAUGAAAAUACUGCUCGUGUUAGUCGGACUGUUGCUGGUCAUCCCAGCACGCGGGCAAAAGCUCAUGUUACUCUCUGUAUGGGCCCACACAGCAAAACAGCUUAAGGCAUUGAAAAAACUCAGCUUAAAUGCCAACUAUGAAUUCAUAAAGCUUUCCGUGAAAAUGGGUAAAAACGACAUCCUGGUGAACUCCUCACAUUUGAUAAAGUUAGCCAAUGCCCUGGAUGAGGCGAACAUAAACUGGACAGUGAAUGAUUUUUCCAAGCUAGUGAACAAGACUUUAGUUGUGCCCUCUCACUCUCUCUAGCUUAACAAGGAGGACUACCACAACACGGUGAGUGGUGAGUGGCGACGGACACGCCGCCUGCCAUUCCAGCCUGACGACACUCCCAGCUCGCCACCAGUCACCACCACUCAUAUUAUCAUUACCCUUACAGCCUCCCUCACAAGAUUAUUCCGCGCGUUUCAUACUAAAAGACAAUGUUUUAGCAAACCUCAAAGCCUCCAAUGCUAACUUUAGCACAUUCUGUCUGUCCCGCAACACACAUCUCGAGCCCUGCGGAGAUUGGGCCGAGCCCUGUUGGGGAAGGGCACACCUCAUCCUUGGCGAUAUUCAAGAAAUAUUGCAACAGCAGA